CCGGAAUUUGUAGAUUAUUUUUGGAUUGGGAAACAAGUCGACUCCACUGGCAAAAGCCAUUAGAUGGAAAUACAGACUUUACAGCAUAUACUACUUCAAUUUUACUGGUAAAUAUGCAUUCAUUUUUGAAUAACAAGUUAAAUGUUUUUUUUGUAGACUCGUUGAAUGAGUUUAAGAAUGUGGAAAAGGAUCUUUUCUACAGCAAUAGUAUCAGCGUUGUAAUUGUUACAUUAUUGUACCUUCUUGUAAAUAUUGCAUUUAUAUCGGUCGUACCAUUACAAGAUUCCUUAAAUGACGAAAGAUUGGAUCAAACUAUAGCUGCAACUUUCUUUAAUAAAUUAUUUGAUGAAAAUGAGACGAUAGUUAGAAUUUUUACUUUUCUAAUCGUACUUUUCUUUUUUACUAUUACCAAUUUUGAAUUAUUUUCAUCAUUUUCAAUGUAUAGUUAUUGGAUUUUUUAUUUGGCCACCGGAAUAGGAUUAUUGAUAAUUCGAACUAGAGAGUACAAAAAAUUACAGAAUAAACAAAGAUAUGAUAGUGAUAAAGAAAAGAUUAUAAGUAAAGUUUGGAACAAUAAGGCUGUCGAUAAAAAGAAAGAAAAAUUAUAUAAAGUUCCAUUAUUUAUAACUAUAAUUUUUAUUUUGUCAGGAUUCUAUAUUCUGAUAUUUUCUUUUGUUAUUCACGUUAAAUGCCCUGAAUCUAUAGCACCUGAAUCAAUUGAAUGUAGUAAAUAUUUAACAACACAAAGAGUUCAACAAAUGGCACCAUUUCUUAUUAGUUACGGAUCUCUUUUUAUUGCUUUAAUAUUUUGGUAUCAUUAUUGGUGGAAAGCUACGAAAGAUGAAAUUAAUGGAAAUAUAUAA